AUGGAAGCCUCUUUAGGGACUUCUUUCGAGGAAGAAUGCGCCUUACUCUCCAAACAAGCCUCCACAGACUUGCGUGUAAACACCCUUAAAUCUUCAAGAAAACUCGCGCUUCAAGAACUAAAGGCUCAUGACUCAAAGGCCAAACCUACCCCUUUUUCCCCUCUCGGCAUCCGCCUUUCAAAACGCCUUCCCCUUUCAGCUUUACCAAUUUACCGUCACGGCGCUGUAGAGAUUCAAGAAGAAGGGUCUCAACUGCUUACCCAAUAUGUCCCCGUAAAACCUGGAGAAUCUCUUCUAGACUUCUGCGCAGGAGCUGGGGGGAAAAGCCUCGCUUUUGGUGCCAUGAUGAAAAAUCAAG